AUGAACAAAGGCAGCUCCCCAAAAUGUCAGGAUAAAUCAAAGGAGAUGGAGAAACCGAAGAAACUCAAAGAGGACUCUGCUAAGGAGACCGUGGAACACAAGCAAGUUCCAGAGAGUGAGAAUCCGAAAACAGAUGCCAAAGAAGAAAAAGAAUCUGAUGGAACUUCAGACAAGAAGGAUAAAAAGGAGAAGAAGAGUUGCUGCAAAAAAUGCAAGGCCAAAGCAAAGUUGAUGAAGCAAAAACUUAAAGAGGAAUCUAAUGAAGAGGAUGAGAAACAAAAACAGAAAACAGAGAAGGCGAAUGAGGAAAAAGGAUCUAAGGUAACUUCAGAUGUGAAGGCUGAAAAGGAGAAGAGCAUCAUAGCAUGGCGACACAAGAGUACAAAGAAAGAUAAGAGUCAUGGUAAAAACUCCUUCAGCGUCAACCCUCCCUGUCAAACCGCUAGGUCUAUGUACCACGGUGGACCCAACUUUUCAAACCCGUGGAACAUGUACGCACCACCGAGAGUUAUGUAUCCGGCAUUUGCGAAAGGGCCAAUGUACGGACAAUGUGGCGGUGGUGGUGGUGGUCCGUUUCAGCAGCCAUACCAACCCAUGAAUCCAGCAGCAAUGUAUAGAGGUGCUAUAAUGUCACCGUAUCCGCCUAUGGCAGCAGCAGCAGCUAUGUAUCCUCCUCCCUAUUGGCAAACCAGACCGUACACAGAUGCUAAUCCUAUCACGCGUUACACUACCUACCGUGACAAUUACACAACCUACCGUGACAAUUACUCUUACUUCUUCAUCUAA